AUGGCUUAUCGCUCCACGCCAUGCCCGUCUGCACCGGACCAGCGCUCACCUGCCGAAGCCUUCCUGGGACGCCGACUACGAACCGAUCUCGAAUUGCUGCUACCUCAAGAAGACGUCACCAAUGACCACGAGACGUCAAGAUGGAAAUGCAAUUCAAUCGUCAACAUGGAGCCGACACCGAAACUUGAACGCAACGACACUAUUUUACGCCAAGGACUACAGAGGACUAAAACAGUCUUGGACACCUGGUGUUAUCGUUCGACGUGUUGGAAACGCAACCUACAUCGUGCGUUGUGGAAAUCUGCUAUGGACUCGACACGUGAAUCAGCUGCGACCCAGAAGCGACACAACUGCGACGACAACGACAAACGUACUUCUGGACGUGUUCGAUCUACCACUCUUCGAUACGAGGAACGACUGCACGCCGCGGACGACUCCGAUCAAUCCACCACGACGAUCGCAACGCAAUCGACGACAGCCACGCCGACUCCAGCUGGACCCCCGAAGGUCCCGAUACGAUACAACUUAGAAGGGGAGAGUCAAUACGAAGACCCCAAAAGAAUUACCAUACAAAUGAUCCGUCAACUCAAAUCAAUGAAAGCAUGUCAUGAUGACCCACGUACUCUGCGAAACAACUUGAGCGAUGUGCAGGCUAUAAUAACACCAUACAAAAACAAGGAGAACAUUCAAGAAGAGAUCGCGCGAAAAGAAUUUGACAAGUGGUACAGAGUGGACUAUGAAGCGAUCUUCAUUGACAACCUGACAAACAUUGUCAAACGUAAGGAACAUCUCGAGAGCCGUAACGAAAACUUACGCGAACAACAUUCUCUUUUCCACACACGAACAAGCGAGCCCCUUCAGCUACAGUGCAUUGGCUGCGGCCGCCCUCAUAAGUUUGAUACAUGCUACAAAUUUCAAACUAUUCAGCAAAAAAUUAAUCAUCUAAAAACUUUAAACGUGUGCUGGAAGUGUUUCGAUACACAACACAGAACAAUAUUCUGUAACAAACCUAACUGCACACACUGUGGCGGCCCCCAUAACCCCAUCAUAUGCUUACGCAAAACAUCAGCGAUAAACAGGUCCUCUCGACCCACCUAUAAGAUUCAACAAACGUUUCGGAUACAAAACAGCAACUUUCAAUAA